AUGGCCGCCGUGUCUGAAAUGAAGGUGCCCAGCCAGUUUUGUGGUGCCACAAUGGAGGAUAGCUGCAGCCCCGCGUCCCAGAAUCACAACGGCCAGCUGGCCGGCGGCGCGAACGUCUCCCUCGCCAACAACAAGCACCAGGGCGGCAGCGACAAUGGCAGCAACGGCGACGCCAAGGACCAGCGGCCGCAGUACUCGAUGCCUGGCAUCCUGCACUUCAUCCAGCACGAGUGGGCCCGCUUCGAGCUCGAGAGGUCCCAGUGGGAGCUGGACAGGGCGGAAUUUCAGGCUAGGAUAGCUUUUCUUCAAGGUGAAAGAAAGGGACAGGAAAAUUUGAAGAACGACCUUGUGAGGAGAAUAAAAAUGUUAGAGUACGCACUUAAACAAGAAAGAGCAAGGUAUCAUAAGCUAAAAUAUGGUACUGACUUAGUAAUGCAAGGGGAUGUCAAACCACCUCUUUAUGAAGAAGGUACCACGUGCAAUAUCUCUGAAAGUGGUAGUGGUGGUGGCGGUGGAGGAGGAGGAGGAGAUGGAGAAGCUUCAUUUACAUCCAUCAGUAAUGUUAGUUGGAGACAAGGUCGUCAACUUCUGAGGCAGUAUUUGCAAGAGAUUGGAUAUACUGAUACGAUAAUAGAUGUACGGUCAAACAGAGUACGAUCUCUGCUUGGCUUGAACAAUAAUACAGAUACAGAAGAGAUGAAUACUCCAGCGUUAAAUGGAAAUGAAGGAAUAGCACAGGAUAAGCAAGAAUAUAACGAGAGUCUCGUACGCCGAGGAAAGCAGCAGCAUCCCCCAAAAAAGCAGCAACCAUCUUCUAUGGCAGAGGCAAUGAUAUUAGACACGGAAGCGGCUGUUAUAGCAAAUUUCGAAUUUUUGCGUCACACGGAUAUGGACAUGGAAGAGGAGGAAGGAGACGUAGAAGACGAAAUUUACGAUGCAAAUACAGAUACCAAACCAAAUAAGGCAUCUAUUCCUCUUCUAGCGGAGGAUGUUGAUACAGAUGCGGAAGCAGAAGAAGUGUUAAACGAAUUAAAUCUUCUCACAGAAAUCGAAGAAUCACCACCUGGUUCUAUUCAUCUGGAAAUGAAUUCUUCAGAAUGGAAUGCAGCAUUACAUAGAGGAUUGCAACCAGACCCAAGACGUCCAAAUAAGGAAGGUGAUUCUACACUGGAAUUAGGCGAAUUAGAACAAUUAUGUGUUAACAAUGAUGCAGAAAUAUCGUAUGAUAUGGUUUCUACCACAAAAGAGACCUUCAGGAAAACAUGGAACGCGAAAUAUACGUUACGAUCGCAUUUUGACGCUGUUAGGGCACUUGUCUUCCAUCCCACAGAUCCAGUUCUCAUCACCGCGAGCGAUGAUCAUACGCUGAAAUUGUGGAAUCUUCAUAAGACUGUACCAGCGAAAAAGUCAGCCUCGUUAGAUGUAGAACCACUUUACACAUUCAGAUCACAUACUGGACCUGUUUUGUGUCUGGCCAUGUGCAGUAUGGGCAACCGAUGUUAUAGCGGCGGUUUGGACGGCAAUAUCCAUUGCUGGACGCUUCCAUCGGCUAACAUCGAUCCGUACGACUCGUAUGAACCAAGUGUCCUUAGUCAUACGUUAACAGGACACACAAACGCUGUUUGGGGUUUGAGCAUGUACUUACGUACUAUGCUGUCGUUCAGUGCAGAUGGAACUGUAAAAUUAUGGGCGCCACAGGCCCCACAACCUCUUCUCAAUACGUAUGUUUCGGAACAAGACGGUAUACCGACUUCGGUUGACUUUAUCAGGGACGAACCACACAAGCUGGUCGUGGCUUAUGAAGGAGCUUGCGUGGUAUUUGACACUGAAACCGGCGCGAUCGUGGCGCGACUCGAGGCGAACGAGACGAAAGGCGUGAAUCGCGUAGUAGCACAUCCGACGUUACCGCUCGUUGUGGCCGCACACGAGGAUCGGCAUAUUCGGUUUUACGAUCACCGGUCGGCUACUCUUGCUCAUGCAAUGGUAGCGCAUUUGGACGCAGUCACUAGUCUCGCUGUAGAUCCUCAUGGUUUAUAUUUACUUUCAGGAAGUCACGAUUGCAGUAUAAGAUUGUGGAACAUGGACAACAAGACUUGUGUUCAGGAGAUAACAGCGCAUCGGAAGAAAUUCGACGAAAGUAUCCUCGACGUAGCGUUCCACCCGUCACGACCGUUUAUAGCGAGCGCCGGCGCCGACGCUCUCGCCAAAGUGUUUGUGUGAAAUGUGUAAAAUCCAAGAUACACUCGCUACAUCAAAAUGAUUUCUACUAUCACGUCAAAUCGAGCAGUUUUUGUACUCGUAUUCAUUUUUAGAUAGCCUUAUAUAACUUUUAUGUGUCCACACACCCAUCCACCAUACAUAUGAAACACAUAAACAUAAAAUACACACACUUCCGAUAUAUUUCCGUUGUUAACUCCGAUCGUUCUACCAUUUCUGAGAUACCGAUUUAUAAAGAAAUCAAAUCGCUCGUGUAGUUUAUUCAUAAAGGAAAAUGAAAAAAAUUAUCAGUAACUCUUGUCUGUGACACAGUUUAUGGGGGGGGAAAAAAAAGUAAUUUUAAAUAUAUAAGUGCUGCUUGUUGAUGUUCGAUCAUCAUUAAGUAGCCGAUACUAUUUGGAAUAGCGGGGAGGGGUAAUCAUGUAGAAUAUUAGCCGAUAUAGUCCUGAUAAUUAGAGGAAAACCAACCCCUUGCCCACAGAGAAUCCAGGAAGUACACUGCCGCGGUAGCGUAAUAUUUAUCCUUACGUUAACUAUUUAUUACCAAUAUCGCCGUUACUGUUGCACAGCUACUGGGGAUUAAUACAAUCGUAAUAAUCGACUAUACAGUUGCCCUAAAUGAAUAAAAAAAAAUAUAUGCAUUAA